AUGCGUCGCUCCACUUCAGAGCACUCACAAGCAUCUACCACAGUGCCAACACCGGGCGCCGGUCGUAGGAGAUCCGUCUCGUUCAGGAGGCUCGGCGCGGCGGUGGCAGCGAUGUUCGCGCGUGGUCCUAUGGCGGGUCCCACGACUGAGCAGCAGCUCCAAGAGGCUGCAUCGGACGCCGUGUCCGUUUACCUUGGCCGAGAAGACCAGUAUUGGCCAGAAAAGGAUCUCGACGAGUCCUCAGAAGGCCAAUGCAGCCUCAUGAGAUCCGCCGCCACCGGCCACGUCUUCGUCGUCAAGCACACGAAGGCGGUGCGACUCCGCGAUGCCGGCCACUUCCAGGCCGGGGACUCCAAGGACUGGAAAUUUCCCAACGAAGUGCGGAUCCUGCGCGACACCCUCAAGCCACACAGGAAUAUCAUCGGUGUCCUCGAUGUGGUCGACGACGAGCUGAGCCCAGGGCGGUACUACAUCUGGUCGGAGUACUGCUCUGGAGGCGAUCUUUGGGCGCAGGUUGACUACUGGUGGCGCACGCGUCGAGCCAUCGUUCCGGAACCGUUCCUCCUGCACGUCAUCAUCUCUAUCGCCAAUGCGCUCGCAUACGCGCACUGGGGUCUACGGGCAAGAGGUGGCGGCAAGUACACCCAGGAUGACAACCACACAUCGAUAAUCCAUGGCGAUAUCAAGAUGGAAAACGUCUUCUUGAGAUGGAGCAGCCGUGAGUUUGGAGGCAUGCCAGAUGUUGUCUUAGGCGAUUGGGGUUGCGCGAAGCCGAUCAACAGAAAGGGCUCAUAUCUCGGAAUUGGCACCCCAGAGUACGGUGCUCCGGAAGACCACGCCAUCCAUCGCAAUGCGCCAAUGACAGAAGCCACCUGGAAGGAUUACUGCAAAGCGGUCGACAACCGGAGCCCAGCGGUCGAUGUGUACGGCUUUGGGCAGGUUAUAUAUAUGCUCGCUGCGAAGGACCGACGACCCUGGCCAAUUGGUGCAAGCCCCGGGCCAUUGACCAUAUCCCGCGAGUAUGGCACAUUGGGCAUCCUGCAGCUUGCUCAGUCCUGUCUCCAGGUUGAUCAUCAACAGCGGGCAAUGGCUAACUUCGACCAAGAACUGGGCCUAAUGCCGGCCAUCAACGACAUCAGGAAAGCUCGCAAUGCCAUGGUCGCAGCGCGAAGACCUCUGGAUAAUCUGGAGUGGCUACAGAAGCCAAAGCCUGCAGGCAGUCUGAGAUGA